GAGUCGUCAAUGGCUCGGUUCGAUGUGAGCUUCAAUUCAAGGCCCGUUUACUCGGUAAACUCACGACCACCGCGACGAACCCGGAAGACAGGUCAGGCCUGGUCAAUUCGAACUCUCGCUCUCCGACAAAUACGCCGAAUACCUUCGAGUCUGCUCAGGCAGCGCCGCCGUCACGAUGCCCGUCCCUUUUGAGGCUCUUCUUCCCUAUGCCAUCAUGAUUGGUGUAUGUCACUGUCCGAUCUCGCUACCGCACGAUACCGAAGCUCAUUGAUGAUUGAUAGAUGUUCGGUAUCUCUGGUACUGGUCUUGCUGUCGUCAAGAACUGGCAGAACGAGGGCAAACGACCUCGUUACUCCGUGGAUCAAUGGGAUAGACAAAUGAUGGACCGUGAUCGCCGACUUACGGGAACUCUACGAGGGCAAACAGACAAACCAGAAGCGCCUUUAGGCUUCGAGCUGAACAACCCUUGGAAGUUGGAGACGCGCUUUUCUUAAACAGCAAUAUGGAACCGAGGGCAGGUGACCAGAGACGACAGCCCAAAACUGCAAUUGUAAAUACAUAUAUCUGGAAUACUAGUGGCAAGGCAUUGGAGCCUACAAGACAGAUGGACAGUGGCUAAGAGAAAGAAUAAAGCAAUUUCGUACAAAGUAUCUUGUUCGAGCCAUGGGGUAUUGGAACGAGAGAAGCACUGGUCUUGACAGCAAGGGUAUCCAUUAUAUCGCUAUCUCUGCUCUAUUCUUAUUCAGACCCUCCAAUAAUGUGCAAGCCUGGCACAUGGUCUGACUCGACAUGUAACCACACUUAACACACUUCCCUAGGUUCUGUUUUGGUGCAGGUGUCUCCUUUUGCUUCUUAGUCCUUACUGGCAAGGGAACUGCGUCGUCCUUGGG